AGCUGAUUUCUGUUAUUGUCUGCAUAAAUUUUCUGUUACGUUUGUCGUUACAACAUGCGCUUAUUAACACAAAUUCGCAGAGCAUCCACACAAGCCACUCGCCGGCGAGUGGUCAUCACUGGUAGCGGAGCCGUCACUCCACUGGCCAAUAAUGCAGCCGAAUCGUGGCAACGCCUACUGGCAGGGGAAUCGGCAAUUUCCCGGCUAGGAGCUGAAUUCAAGGGACUGCCAUGCCAAGUUGCCGCACAAAUACCAAGAGAACGCUUAGAAAUCGACAAACAUCUGACGAAAAGUGAUCUUAAACUCAUGAGCCCUGCCACACAAUUCGCGGUCAUUGCAGCGGACGAAGCACUGGCCGCAGCACGGCUGCAACCCAAGGAGUUGAGCGAAGAGCAGCGUGAACGUUUCGGAGUGUGCGUCGGCAUGGGCAUGUUUGAUUUGUCCGAAGUGUAUGGGGCAUUCCAGCAGCUACAGCGUGGAUAUAAUCGUGUCAGUCCAUAUUUUGUGCCAAGAUUACUGCCGAACAUGGCGUGUGGUCAUAUUAGCAUGCGACAUGGUCUGCGAGGACCCAACCAUUCCGUGUCAACGGCUUGCGCAACCGGUGCCCAUGCCAUUGGUGAUGCUAUGCGCUUUAUACGCAACGGCGACGCGGACCUGAUGCUUGCUGGCAGUGGAGAGGCGUGCAUAGACCCCCUAUCGAUUGCUGGCUUUUGUAGGUUACGCGCACUGAGCACGGCGUUCAAUGAUAACCCUGCCGUGGCCUCGCGACCUUUUGAUAAGGCACGCGAUGGUUUUGUGAUGGGUGAGGGGUCCGCUGUGUUGGUGCUGGAAGAGCUGGAGCACGCACGUUUUCGUGGAGCUCCCAUAUUGGCCGAGCUGCUGGGCUAUGGACUUUCCGGCGAUGCUCAUCACAUCACCUCGCCCAGCGAGGAUGGAGCUGGUGCCACGCUGGCCAUGCGUCGCGCUAUUGCCGAUGCUUGUGUAAAACCAGAGGAUAUUCGCUAUGUUAAUGCACAUGCCACAUCAACACCGACUGGAGAUAGGAUUGAAGCUCAUGCAAUUAGUCGUGUCUUUGGAGAACACAAGACCAACGUUUUCGUAUCCUCCACAAAGGGUGCUCAUGGUCAUCUACUGGGUUCGUCGGGUAAUCUAGAAGCUCUAUUUGUGGUACAUGCUUGUGCCGAAAAUAAAUUGCCACCAUCGAUUCAUGUUGAGAAUUUGGACGUGGACGCCAAUGUUGUGACAAAAACAUGCAAUUGGCCAGAGGACCAAUCUCGACGAAUUGCUCUAAAGAAUUCCUUUGGAUUUGGUGGCACAAAUGCCUCCCUUUGCAUUGCCAGUUUCGCGGAAUAGAACUACGUUAAUUUGAAGAAAGAUUUGUAAAGUGAUUGUCAUUAUGUGUGAAUAAAUUGUUGAAUAUAUGAAUAUAUUUUUGUAGGAAAAUUUUUAGUUUUAAAACUUUAUUUGGAAAACUUUUCGGUUUCUUGUCCCUCCCUCCCCGCCAAACUACCAGCGUUCUUGCUUCCUGCAUUGUAAAAAAUUUAUAUGCGUAUUGUAUCGUGCAAUGCGCAGAUUUGAUACUGUUAUACUGUAUAUCUGUAUAUAUAUAUAUAUUUAUAUAUAGGUAUGUAUAUAUAAUAAUGUAUAUAGCUCUGUUUGAUUUGCUUCUGUUGCUUGACUUUCGGUUUACUUUUUACUAUAUGCAGCAUGCAUACACUCUUGAUUUUGUAUUUCUAAACAAACAUAUUGUGUGUUGUGGUCGUUUUUCUGACAUCAUUAGCUGGUUUCUUUCCCUUUUUUGUGUUUCUCGCUUAUCCUUUUUAAUUUAAAGAAUUUUUUAUUUUACAAAAUUACUUAAAUUGUAAAGUUAAAAAUACAUAGAUUGGCUUACAAUUAGAAUUUCUUUAUAAUCAUUAUUUAUAAAUGUUUUUGUUGCUGAUUUUAUUAUUUGUUGUAUUUUACUUUUGUUUUCAUUUGGGUUCUCAAUGCUGAUCUACUCUUGGGUUUUACUUGUCAUUUGCCAAAUCGUAAAUGUUAUAUUAUUAUGUUAUAUUAUGCUCAAUACAUUAAUAAAUGUAUAUUAUGUGGUUUAUUUCCUUAUUAAUGCAUUUAUAGGCUUAAAUAAUAUGCUAUACUUGUGUAUGUGUCUCUGUCUGUCAUAUGUUUAUUGUGUAUCGCUUUUAAAGUAUUAAUUUGAAAUUUGUAUAUAAAUUAUGAAAAUAAAUUGUAUUCGAAGUUAUAAACUUUAUCCCAUUUACUGUACAAUUUGUGGUUGUUUUCCCGUUUUGUUGUUUUAGUUACAGCGUAUAAUUAAUUUUUUUAAAUAAUCUUGCACGUCACAUUUAAUAACAAGGUUAGAUUUCCAUUUGUUUUGAUACUUAAAGCAUUAAAUCAAUUUUAAAAUAUCUUUCUUCUGUUAUUUGCAUCAUCAAAUUUUGAGUGAAAAA